GAAGUGCUUGCCUGAGCCAGUUCUAACGGUCUUUUUCAGCAGCGGGCGAAAACCUGUUGUCAAGAAAGAGUGGAGCACCGUGACCAACACAACAAGUUCACGGGCACCCCACAGGCCCCUCUUUAAAUGAGCCGCGCCUUGCCCGGCCCCCCGCCCGUUCCCGAAGUCCUGAGUUCACAGUGUCGUGCAAAUGUUCCCGGUGGACUUUAUCUACUCCUGAAGGCAUCUUUCCGGCUCCCGAACCAGACGGUCCCGGUGAGCUUAGCCUUCGCAUACCCUUGGCUUUUCCAAAGAAGAGCAGGAAAUGGCCAAACCCCAGGAACUUGUGACAUUUGAGGAUGUAGCUGUGGAUUUCACCCAGGAGGAGUGGCAGUACCUGAACCCUCAACAGAGGACUCUGUACAGAGAUGUGAUGCUGGAGACCUACAGCCACCUGGUCUCCAUGGGCCAGCAGGACCCCAAACCAGACCUCAUUCUCAGGUUGGAAGCAAGAGAGCUGUGUCCAGCAGAAGGAAAAAUCGCAAUUUGGAGCUCUCUGGAAGAGGUUGGCCAAGGUGAUGAAGAGAUCAGGAGGUGGCAGCAGGAUUACCAAGAUAAAUGUGUGUUGAUGCAAUUUGGAUUCCCUGACAAGCAAACAUUCACUGCAAGGAGUAGUCCUGACUGUAAUGAGUUUGAUAACACACUUUAUCUGCAUUCAGACAUUGUUGCUUCAAUACAACAACCCCAUAAAUAUGAAUUAUUUGGAGAUAAUAUGAUAGAUAAUUUGGGCUUAUUUAGAAGCUCUGCUGAAAAGAAACCGGAUAGUGGAGGAUGUACAAAAUUAUUCUUCCAUGCUGAGUGUGAGAAAACAAAUCCUGGAGCGAAACCCUAUGGCUAUAAAGAGUGCGGAAAAACCCUCAAACUAAAGAAAGGCCUUAGUCUACAUCAGAGAAUUAAAAAUGGAGAGAAACCCUUUGAAUGUUCUGCAUGUGGGAAAACCUUCAGCAAGAAGUCCCACCUCAUCGUACAUUGGAGAACUCAUACAGGGGAGAAGCCUUUCGGAUGUACUGAAUGCGGGAAAGCCUUUAGCCAGAAGUCUCAGCUUAUUAUUCACCUUAGGACUCAUACCGGAGAGAGGCCAUUUGAGUGUCCUGAAUGCGGGAAAGCUUUCCGAGAAAAGUCAACUGUCAUCAUCCAUUACAGGACUCACACAGGCGAGAAACCUUACGAAUGCAAUGAAUGUGGGAAAGCCUUCACUCAGAAGUCAAACCUCAUUGUCCAUCAGAAAACCCACACAGGGGAGAAAACCUACGGAUGCACCAAGUGUGGGGAAUCUUUCCUACAGAAGCUUGAUCUAAUUCUACAUCAUAGUACUCACACAGGAAAGAAGCCCCAUGAAUGUAAUGAGUGCAAGAAAACUUUUAGUGACAAGUCGACUCUGAUCAUACAUCAAAGAACCCAUACAGGGGAGAAGCCUCAUAAGUGUAGUGAAUGUGGGAAGUCGUUCAAUGAGAAGUCAACCCUCAUCGUUCAUCAGAGAACCCACACAGGAGAGAAACCCUAUGAAUGUGACGUGUGUGGAAAAACCUUUACCCAAAAGUCAAACCUUGGUGUACACCAGAGAACUCACUCAGGAGAAAAGCCCUUUGAAUGCAAUGAAUGCGAGAAAGCCUUCUCCCAGAAAUCCUAUCUCAUGCUGCAUCAGAGGGGUCACACCGGAGAGAAGCCUUACGAGUGCAGUGAAUGUGAGAAGGCUUUUUCCCAGAAGUCCUAUCUCAUUAUACAUCAAAGAACUCAUACAGAAGAAAAGCCCUAUAAAUGUAAUGAAUGUGGUAAAGCCUUCAGAGAAAAGUCCAAGCUCAUUAUACAUCAGCGGAUCCACACAGGAGAGAAGCCCUAUGAAUGCGCUGUCUGUUGGAAAGCUUUUAGUCAGAAGUCACAGCUCAUAAUACACCAGAGGACGCACACAGGAGAGAAACCUUAUGCGUGCACUGAAUGCGGCAAAGCUUUCAGAGAGAAGUCAACAUUCACUGUACAUCAAAGAACUCAUACUGGAGAGAAACCCUACAAGUGUACAGAAUGUGGGAAAGCCUUUACCCAAAAAUCAAACCUUAUUGUUCAUCAGAGAACUCACACGGGGAAAAAGGCCCAUGGGAGAGGCCCCACCCGGAAGUCAAAGCUCACUGCACACUGAAGCAAAGUUGUAUUGAUUUAAUUUGUGUUUUCAAAGUAUGUCCUGACUGAUGAUGGUUUAAAUAUGGAGAGGAAUAGUCAGCUGUGUUUUCCUUACUCCAAAACUACAGAAAUUUGAUCUCUAACAAAAUUGGGCAGAGAGAAAACAUGAACCCAAGGCUGCAGAUGUGCGACAGCAUGGGUAAGGACUCUUAGCUGAGGCUCAGGAUACACCAUGAGUGCAGAACCCAUAGACACAAAACUUAACAGUGUGUUAGCAGCUCAGGGGGCUCCUGAACCCUUUAGGGGCCAAGGAGGAAGAGGUAGGGGCCUCAGCGACAAGUCAUGGUGACAAUCCAUAUUUGUAGAGAGUAGUCUAUGUUGAUGGGAGGAACAGUUUUAGGGUGCUGGGGAAAGAGAAUACUUUUCCCUGAGUAACCCUGUAGCCACCCCCUAUUCACUGACAAGUAUGAAAGUGAAGGGAUUUCCAAGUUUUUAGAAAAUAUAUCCCUGGUUUCUUCCCCUACAUGAACCUUGAGUGAAUAGCCAUGUCCAGGAGAAACUCUUCUCAAAGAGGAUUCAAAAGCUGAAAAACCACAGUUGCACUUCUAGAUCUGUAAUUCCACAUACAGAAAGGUUAACAUGCUGAUGUUAACAUGCUGUGCAAACAAAAGGUUGGAAGCAGUCUGAGUGCCAACAGCAGGAUUUUGGUCCCCUAAGUCAUGGUGUAUUCUCACAGCAAGCUUCAAGGUAGACAAGAAUGAGUAAACAGAACUUGGAUACCACUCCAAUAGUCAUGUUAGAUAAUCUCCCAAGUUACAUUACUAGGUAGGAAAAGCAAGGUGCAGGGUAGUGACUAUAAUAGGCUACCAUUUGUACAUUAAAAAGGGAAAGCUGGCAAGUGUAUAAUUGUGUGUUCAGUACCUCUGGAAAGAGGCACAAGAACCUGGUGACCCUGAUUUCCUGGGGCUGUGACAGUGGGUAGCUGGGGGGAUGGACUUGGGAGGGAGUAAGCUGUGUCCUUGCAUAGCUUUUGCAGAUUACACUGUGUGGAUAUACUACCUUCUCAAAAAAUAAAACUUGGGGGAAAAAACAUACUGUAUUACUGUUAUUAUGAAGUCCAGCAUCUAGACGUAUGAUUUAUUAACAGUUCACAUAUGAAUAGAUAAUGCU